AAGUACGUGACGUGUGUGUGUGAGAGAGAGAAAGAGAGAGACUGUAAUCGUGUCUAUCUUGUGUGUGUUGAGAACAGCCCUUGAUAAAUGUCUGACUUGUACCUGUUUUCAUUUCAUACGGAGUUUAUUCCAGUCGUGUGAUUAUCACUGCUGUCCCUCCCUCCCUCCCUCUCUCUCUCUCUCUCUCUCUCUCCGACGCUGCCAUGUUGUUGGAUCGAGUGGAGUUGGGAUGAGUUCCGAGUCUUCAGAGAUCCACAAGUCCGCAGUGAACCGGGUCCCUAUGGAAUAAAAACUAGGCUUCUGGACUACUACAGAACUUUUUCUUCUUCUUAUUUUUUUUCUUUUAAAUUUGGACUUGACCAAAACAACCCUGGAAAUGAAGUCCGACUGCAGGCCGCGGUGACCGAGUCAGUGAUCAGAUUUGAUUGAUUUCUAUGAGUGAUAUUUUUGUUUCCGGCUGUGAUUUCUGGGUUUGAAGUGGAGACCGUGUGAGGAAGAUGAGCGCACAGCCGUCUCAGAGGAGGAACACUAACGUGGGCUCCAGGCUGCUCUCAGGGCAGGAGAACGAUGCUCUGUUCGCUCACCUGGGCAGAAAAUGCACUACUAUGUCUUCUGCCGUGGUGCAGGUGUAUGCAGCAGAUGGAAGCCCAUCCUGGACAAGAAGAUGCUGUGGUGUGGCCUGUCUGGUGAAAGACAGCAGUCAGCGAUCAUACUUUAUCAAAGUAUUUGAUAUCAAAGAAGGCAGAACCUUGUUUGACCAGGAGAUCUACUCAAACUUUGUGCUGAACUGUUCCAGACCCUUCUUCCUGACCUUCGCAGGAGAUAAAUGUCAGAUUGGCCUCAACUUUGCUGAUGAACAAGAGGCCAAGCAAUUCAGACAAGCGACUGACGACCUGGUGACGAGAAGACACAGGAAAACUGAAAAAAGACCUGAGCCGCCAAAUGUUCCAGAACCUGUACUUCCGAUGGCAACGGUGGACAUCAGGAACCCUGAGAUCAACAAUGGCCGAUAUAAUAACAGUUAUCAUGUCAACAACAACUUCCACAGCAACUUCAAAAAAGACAAGGGCAAAGGCAAAAACCAAAAGAAGAAAAUCACAAAGUCUGAAAUUGGCACACCUAGCAACUUCCGGCAUGUUGGUCAUGUAGGCUGGGAUCCUAACACAGGAUUUGAUGUUAAUAAUCUAGACCCAGAACUGAAGAAGCUGUUUGACGUGUGCGGUAUUUCUGAAGCCCAGCUAAAAGACCAGAAGACAUCAAAAGCUAUCUAUGAUUUUAUCGAGAAAAAAGGAGGAGUGGAGGCUGUAAAGACUGAGUUCAGAAGACAAGCCCCUCCCCCUCCUCCUCCACCCUCUCGAGGUGGUCCUCCUCCUCCACCUCCUCUCCAAAGCUCAGGUGGUCCUCCUCCAACCCCAUCUCGUGGUCGCGGAGCUCCACCUCCCCCACCUCCCUUCAGAGUUCCCUCUUCUGCUCCUCCUCCUCCUCCUCCUCCUUCCAGACCAGGCAUAGGAGCUCCACCUCCUCCUCCAACAAGAGGCCCCCUGCCACCUCCCCCUAUGCCUGCCUCUAUGAAUCCACAGGCCCCACCUCCCCCGCUCUCCACAGGAGGAGUAGCUCCACCUCCUCCACCUCCACCCCCGGGACCACCUCCACUCAAUUCUGCUCUCCCAGGUUCGGAUUCAGGGGGGAGGUCUGCGCUCCUGGAUCAGAUCAAAGGCGGAGCAGCGUUGAAGAAAGUCGAACAAGGGGGCAAGAGCGUAACCGAUGGCAGUGGUGACGGCGGGCGAGGCUCGCUUUUAGACCAAAUUCGACAGGGCAUCCAGCUCAAAACAGUAACGGAAGGUUCAGACCCAGCCCCUGCAUCUCCUGCCCCCUCAGCAGGGAUUGUGGGAGCUCUGAUGGAGGUGAUGCAGAAGAGGAGCAAAGCCAUCCACUCUUCAGACGAAGAUGAUGAUGAUGAUGAAGAUGACUUUGAGGAUGAGGAGGAAUGGGAGGACUAGCAGCACUUUCUCCCCCCAGUUGAUCACGGCAUCUGAAAGGAAAACACUAAACUGUUUUCAGUCUCUUACUCCGAUUAUAAUUUAAAUCUUUGCUUUUUCUAUUAAUCUAUGUAAUACCUCAUUUCAUCAGGAAAAGGUUUGUCACAUUUUACCUUCCAAUAGGUUUCUUUAUCUUUAUCCUCUUCUUCUCAGUGUGCAAUUUACAUCAUGUUUUCUAGACUUGUAGUGUGGAACGGGUUUUUUUUUUCUUCUUCUUCUGAUCCAUCUUUUUACUGAAGGGAAGUGAAAGGAACAAAUUUAAUGUUGGCAAAUUUUACUGGAAGCGGGAACACUAUUUGCAUACAGCUUUCUUCUGUACCUCACAUUUUCUAAAUUCAGAUUCUAGCGUGUUGUCAUUAUUUUCUUAAAAUCUUAAAGUUUGAAUCGUAUAUUUUUACAUACAUUAAAGUCUAAAUCUGCUAUGUGAAUAGAGAAUAAUAUUACAGAGAGAUGCAAAAAAAAAAAAAAAAAAAAAAACAUGCUUGAAGAUUUCUUGCAACAUCGGUUGCUAUAGCAUUGUACUUUUUGGUUGUUGUUUUUUUUGUUUGUUUGUUUGUUUUUAAAUCAACCAGAGACCCAGAAAUAUUUUAUUUCUGAUAUUCUGAGAAUUGUUGGUUUAUUUUAGUCAACUGUGUUCAAAUAUUUUUAAAUAAAUAAAUACAUAAAUAAAUGUCAGCUCAGCCUUAAAGCUUUCAUGUGUCAUGCUAAUGACAUAUAUGCUGUGAUGCUUUACUAAUUCCUCAUAGAGAUCCCAGCCAUUAAUCUGACUACAGACUAAAUACCUUCUUUUUACUUUUUUUUUUGUCUGAGAUUUAUGUGUGUAUCAGGAAACUGCAAAACAUUGGAAGUUGGAAGUGUUGAGAUGAGAUUUAUUAAAUUGUACACUCACUCAAAUAAAUGUCAAUAUUUA